UGAAGUGGAAUUUCAGCACUGAUUAAGAGUGAAAAUGACAGAUUAAGAAGAGAUUUAGCAAUUUCUUUUUUUUAUUUGGCUUAUAAACCUGGGGUUGAACUCUUUAUUGUUAUCAGCUGUUCUGUAAGUUUCGUUUUUCAUGAAACGGGUCACGUGUGACGCACAGAGCAGUUUCUUUUUCCCGGAAAUGCUGCAGAAGGUCAGACAGGAGUUAGUUAGAGCUACGGGCAGACCCAUUUUUGUUGCUUUCAGUCAGAUUUGAUCCAGAUUCCUUUUUCUUAUUUUAGUUUUGCCUUCUGCAGAACAUGGAUUCAACCUCAGCUAAAGACCUGAGAAUCGUCCUCCUGGGAAAAACCGGAUCUGGUAAAAGUGCAACAGGGAAUACCAUCCUGAAAAGGGACGCUUUUAUUGCAGAGAUGUCUCCUUCCUCUGUGACGAAGACAUGCCAGAAAGAAACCGUCCACCUGGACGACCGAACAGUGACUAUCAUUGACACUCCUGGGGUGUUUGACACAUCAAUUACUGAGAAAGAACUGAAGCGUCAAAUAGAGAACUGCGUCAAUCUGUCUCUCCCUGGACCACAUAUCUUCCUGCUAGUCAUCAAUCUCUCUGCGCGCUUCACAGUGGAGGAGAAAAAUGCCAUCAAGUGGAUCACAGACAACUUCGGCGAGGAAGUCUCAAAGUACACAAUCGUUGUUUUCACUGGGGGGGAUCAGCUCAAAGACACCAUCGAGAACUAUUUGCACAAAAGCCCUGAUCUGAGGAAGCUGACCAGUGACUGCAAAGCUGGAUAUGUUGUGUUUGACAAUACGUGCAAAGGAAACCGCACUCAGGUGGCUGAUCUGCUUGAGAACAUAGAAAAGACUGUCCAACUGAACGGCGGUCAUUAUACCAGCGAGAUUUACAAACAGGUCCAGAACAAACUAUGGUGGCAGCAGGCCCGGAGCUAUGUGGGAACUGCAGGAAAUUAUUUAUUGUGUGCAGCAGCAGGCGCAGCUGCACCUGCUGCUGCUGGUGCUCUAGCGGCAGAGGAAGCAGCAGUAGCUUUAUCUGUACCACAAGUGUUGGCUCUUGGAGGUGCAGCGAUUGUGAAAGGUGUUGGAUGGUUCAUCAGACCUAGAACAGGCAAUAACUAAGUGACUGGAGUGUUGUCAUACAUGUACAUUUAGGAAUAUUUUAAUUUCAAUAUUGCUUUCAUUAUGUUUAUUUAUGUCAUUCUAAUUUUUAAAUGUCUGUAUGAUUUAUGCCAGAUAUUGAAGACAUUUCUCCAUUUCGAUUGUGAUGGACAAUAAACCUAUCCACCUUAUCACUGUAAUAAUGUAUAAAGUAUGUGGAGAAAGCAUUACAUUAUCUUUCUGUUUUAUUUAAAAAUAAAAAAUGAAUAAUGUUUUAUGA